AUGGCCGAGACGCGGCCUGGUUACCUUAGUAAAGCUUCAUCCGACGCCCAACCAUCCAAGUGAUGUUCCUGAGAUGACAUACUGGUAAGGAGUAUAUCCAAUUGUUUCUCGCGGGGGAGUACUGCAUGUACUUGUACUACUUUGACGAUCUCGAUCCGGCAUGAAGUCCAAGACAGCCACGGCUUCGGAGCGCACUCCGCUCAUAACCACGCUCCCGAUUGCUUCUCCCCGGCCACGGUACCCCCAUGCCGUCGUACGCCGCUUCUGCACCAUCGCUCUCGCAUCCGUCUUGACAUGGUUCUUUUUGUCCGUUGCUGUGUCCCUGACCCUAUUCCCUGACGGUCAUGGGCAUCAUGGCCACCACAGCCAUCGGACCUGGCCCGGCUGGGGACGGCGAAAGGUCGACUACGACCAGCUGAAGCGCAUCCUCCUUGACACACCCAGCAGCGAGAAGGCCGAGGAAUGGAGCAGAUAUUACACCGCCGGGCCCCAUCUAGCCGGCAAGAACUACUCCCAGGCACUGUGGACCAAGGAUCUAUGGGAAAAGUUUGGGGUCAAGUCAGACAUUGUUUCUUACGAUGUGUACAUCAACUAUCCGGUAGACCACCGGUUAGCGCUUCUGAAAAAGGAGAAGCAGGACGACGGCGCCUCGGCGUGGAAGGUGUCCUUCGAGGCCUCGCUCACCGAGGAUGUCAUUGACGAGGAUCCGACCACCAGCUUGGCAGACAGGAUCCCGACUUUCCAUGGCUACUCCGCAUCCGGGAAUGUCACAGCCCCCGUUGUCUACGUCAACUAUGGGACGUACCAGGAUUUCGAGGAUUUGAUCAAGGCCAAUGUCACCCUCGAGGGCAAGAUCGCCAUUGCCCGUUAUGGCGGCAUCUUCCGUGGGCUGAAGGUCAAGCGUGCUCAGGAGCUCGGCAUGAUCGGUACUAUUCUGUACAGCGACCCAGGCGACGACGGCGAUGUCACGGAAGAAAACGGGUAUGCUGUGUAUCCAGAUGGCCCAGCGCGCCAGCCGAGCAGCGUGCAACGAGGGAGCACCCAGUUCCUCAGUGUUGCGCCAGGCGACCCAACGACACCGGGCUAUCCUUCAAAACCGGGUGCGCCCCGCCAGCCGGUUCACUCUGCGAUCCCGAGCAUCCCAUCAGUCCCUAUUUCUUACCAAGAUGCCAUCCCUAUUCUCAGAGCGCUCAACGGCCACGGCCCGAAGGUUAAGGAUUUCAACAAGUACUGGAACCGCAACAUGGGGCUGCAGUACAAAGGUGUCCAUUACAACAUCGGCCCAACGCCAGAUGAUGUCGUUGUGAACCUGUACAAUGAGCAGGAAUAUGAGACUACUCCUCUGUGGAACGUCAUUGGCGUCAUUAAUGGCACAAUUCCGGACGAGGUCAUCGUUGUCGGUUGCCACCGCGAUGCCUGGAUCGCCGGCGGAGCUGGGGACCCUAACAGCGGGUCAGCCGUGCUGAAUGAAGCGAUCCGAUCGUUUGGUGAGGCCUUGCGUCUCGGCUGGAAGCCCCUUCGCACCAUUGUAUUUGCCAGCUGGGACGGCGAGGAGUACGGCCUGAUCGGGUCUACCGAGUGGGUUGAGGAAUACUUGCCCUGGCUCAGGGGCGCGAACGUAGCUUAUGUCAACACCGACACGGCAGCCGGAGGCCCCGACUUAUUCGUCUCUGCAGCACCACUCCUCGAUAACCUCAUCUACUCUGUGACUGCCGAAGUCCCGUCCCCCAACCAGACGGUUCCAGGCCAGACCGUCUUCGACCUCUGGGACAAGAACAUCCACACCAUGGGAAGCGGAAGCGACUUCACUGCCUUCCAGGACUUUGCUGGCAUCCCGUCGGUGCACAUCGGCUUCGACGCGGGUUACAAGGCGGUGUACCACUAUCACAGCAACUACGACAGUUUCCACUGGAUGGAGAAGUUUGGCGAUCCAGGCUUCGUCUACCAUAAGGCCAUGGCCCAGAUCUUGGGUCUGAUGACGGCCAAGCUGGCUGAAAUGCCCGUGAUUCCCUUCAUGGCGACCGACUACGCAAAAGCCCUAGACAGCUAUGUCAAAAAGGUUGAGGAUAAACUGGGCGCCGCCCUACACCUUCCGCAAGUAGAAGAGGACCUAUCCGUCCUAGCCAUCAACGACGACGAGGUGUAUUUCGAACUCCGCAGCCGAGCACACAACACGUCCGCCCUUACGACAACUUCCUCCUCCUCCCCACCAGACGCGGGGUCAUUCAAGACCCACCUCCGCCGCCUGCACCACGCCCUAGAAAAAUUGACAGAGCGCGCGAUGAAGCUGGAUAAGCGCGCCAAGCAUCUAGAGCUGGAUUUUGAGGGCGUUCCCUGGUGGCACUGGCCCGCUCGCAUCAAGCUGGCGCUCGCCAUCCGCAAAGUCAACACCAAGUACAAGUAUCUCGAGCGGGCUUUCUUGCAUGAGCAAGGGUUGGACGGGCGGCCGUGGUUCAAGCAUGUCGUGUUUGCCCCGGGGCUGUGGACGGGUUAUGCUGGCGCUGUCUUCCCUGGUCUGAUGGAGAGUAUUGAUGCCGAAGAUUGGAAGAAUGCGGAGCGGUGGGUGGAUAUUAUUGAGAGCAGGAUCCUGAACGCUGCGAAGGGACUGUAAGUCUGGUCAGAGCAGUUGGGUAAUUUCUAGGGGGACAUUUGAGCAUGCGAUGAUAGGGUGUUUGUGAUGCUGUAGACUUGGAUGGCAUAAACUGAUCGAUUUCCAUCUGCGUGUUGGAAGGAGUUGGCUUUAUCUGUUGUGAGUUUGUGGCUAUGUUGGAAGAGGAGGAGAUGUGAGUGAUUUGCAGCAAGUAUUCACAGAGGCUGUUGAUCUGGGUUUAUAAUGACGGAGUUGCCGAUUGCUGUGUGUUUAUAAUUAGGUUUGAGCUGGCAUAAUGUGCCGUAAGAUCACAUUGGCCUGUCGACAUCCAGGCUGGUUACA